AUGGCGUCCACACAAGAUGUCUCCGCCGAGAGCAUCUCGCCCUUUGGCAAGGCCCGCUCUACGGUCAAGGGCGAGCCCCUCGGCAGUGAGGAGUUGAAGCUCCAGGAUGACUACAUGCGAGCCAGUCUCUAUCUCUGCCUUGGCAUGCUUUAUCUCAGAAAAAAUGCCCUCCUCAAGGAGCCUCUCAAGGUCGAACAUCUGAAAGCCAGACUCCUCGGACACUGGGGUUCUGACGCCGGCCAAGUCUUCACCUAUGUCAACAUGAACCGCCUGAUCAAAAAGUAUGAUCUCGAUGUCAUCUUCAUCUCGGGCCCGGGCCAUGGAGCCCCCGCCGUGAUUUCGCAGGCCUAUCUGGAGGGGGUCUAUAGCGAAGUUUACCCGGACAAAUCCGAAGACGAAGAAGGCAUGCGGAAAUUCUUCAAGCAAUUCUCCUUCCCUGGGGGCAUCGGCAGUCAUGCUACCCCCGAGACACCUGGCAGUUUGCACGAAGGAGGUGAGCUCGGCUACAGCAUUUCACAUGCUUUCGGAACCGUUUUCGACCAUCCCGAUUUGAUCGCCUUGACCAUGGUCGGCGAUGGUGAGUCCGAGACUGGUCCUUUGGCCACCAGCUGGCACAGCACCAAAUUCCUCAACCCCAUCACUGAUGGCGCCGUCCUCCCCGUUCUUCAUCUCAAUGGCUACAAGAUCAACAAUCCCACCAUUCUCGCCCGUAUCAGCCACAGGGAGCUGGAAGCGCUGUUCAUCGGUUACGGAUGGACCCCGUACUUCGUUGAAGGAAGCGAUCCUCUGAGCAUGCACCAGGCAAUGUCUGCUACCUUGGAGAAAUGCGUCUUGGAGAUUCGAGCUCAUCAGAAGAAAGCACGCGAAUCAGGAAAGGCGUUCCGACCCCUGUGGCCCAUGAUCGUCCUGCGAAGCCCCAAGGGCUGGACAGCACCACGAACGGUGGAUGGUCACUACCUCGAAGGGUUCUGGCGAGCCCAUCAGAUUCCCCUCCCAGAUGUUGCGUCGAGCUCGGAACACCUGAAACUCCUUGAACAGUGGAUGAAGAGCUAUAACCCCGAGAAGUAUUUUGGCGAAGACGGCAAACUGAUCCCAGCUUUAAAGAAGCUUGUUCCAGAUGGCAAUAGGCGGAUGAGCGCCAACCCUGUUGCGAACGGUGGACUCUUGAAGAAGCCCUUGCUCAUGCCCGACUUCCGUGACUACAAGCUGGCAGUCGAGAAAGGUGGCAUCACAGAGGCGCCAAGCAUGUCGAACAUGGCGAUUUUCUUGCGAGACAUCGUCGCGAAGAACCCGCACAACUUCCGUCUUUUCGGACCUGACGAGACCGAAUCGAACAAACUUGCCGGCGUCUACGAGGCUGGCAAGAAGGUGUGGAUGGGUGAAUAUUUUGAAGAAGACGAGGACGGCGGCAACCUGGCCUUCGAUGGCCGCGUCAUGGAAAUGCUCAGCGAACACACCGUUGAAGGUUGGCUCGAAGGCUACCUGCUGUCUGGACGCCACGGCAUGCUCAACAGUUACGAACCUUUCAUCCAUAUCAUCGAUUCAAUGGUCAACCAGCACUGCAAGUGGAUUGAGAAGUGCCUCGAAGUCGAAUGGCGUGCCAAGAUUGCGUCUCUCAACAUCUUGUUGACGGCAACAGUCUGGCGUCAAGACCACAAUGGCUUCACCCAUCAAGACCCGGGCUUCUUGGACGUCGUGUGCAACAAAUCCCCCGAAGUCGUGCGUAUCUACUUGCCACCGGACGGAAACUGUCUGCUGUCGGUCAUGGACCACUGCUUCCGAAGCAGCAACUACGUCAACGUCAUUGUCGCCGACAAGCAGAACCACUUGCAAUACCUGGACAUGGAGGCAGCCAUUGAGCACUGCACAAAGGGCGCCGGCAUCUGGGACUGGGCGUCCAAUGAUCAAGGCCAAGAGCCUGACGUCGUCAUGGCAUCCUGCGGCGACGUGCCGACCAUGGAAGCGCUGGCCGCGACAGCCUUGCUGCGCGAAUACAUUCCCGAGCUGAAGAUCCGCUUCGUCAACGUGGUGGACCUCUUCAAACUGAUCCCGGACCACGACCACCCGCACGGCAUGUCGCAGCGAGAAUUCGAGGCCAUCUUCACGCCCAACCGACCCGUCAUCUUCAACUUCCACUCCUACCCCUGGUUGAUCCACCGCCUGACGGCCCAGCGACCGAGCCAGGCCAACCUGCACGUGCGCGGCUACAACGAGAAGGGCAACAUCGACACGCCGCUCGAGCUCGCCAUCCGCAACCGCGCCGACCGCUUCAGCCUGGCGAUCGAGGCGCUGGACAGGAUGCCCGAGCUCGGAAACAAGGGCGCUAGCGCGCGCGAGAAGCUGCUCAGCUCCCAGAUCAAAUACCGCACCGCGGCCUUCAACGAGGGCAUCGACCCCGAGGAGAUCAGGAAGUGGGUGUGGCCCUUUUAA